AUGAAGUUUGGUAAGGAAUUUCAAUCACAGAUGGUACCAGAAUGGCAACAGGCAUACAUGGAUUAUGGUAGUUUAAAGACUCUGUUGAAAGAUAUCCAACGUUUCAAACAAAGAAAUAGGCCAACGCAACCAACCGCCGCAACCUUGACUAGAAAAUAUACACUGCGCAGAGCCUUCAGUGGUCUAACACGGUGGAGCAACUCCUCCACCACCACCACUAGCGCAGCCUCCACCUCAGAUUUAGAAAAUCAAGUCAUUCUUGUGAACUCUGUGAGGCGUAACGGCGAAGAAGGUUGUGAGACCAUGUUCCUCAUGGCGGCAGACGACGGAGGAGAGCUUGAGCUGGUGUACUUUAGGAGGCUUGAUUUUGAGCUAAAUAAGGUGGUAAAGUUCUACAAAUCUAAAGUGGAAGAGGUGAUGAAGGAGGCUGCUGAGUUGAACAAGCAAAUGGAUGCUUUGAUUGCUUUUAGAAUAAAGGUUGAUGAUGAUCCAAGGGUAUGGUUUGAUAGUGCAGGAGGAGGAGAAAGAGAGAUGACUCGUCUUGCUUCAGGUGUUGCAGCUGCAACAGCUGCGUUGUCUGCUUCUACUCCCCGUGGGGCGAAAUUAAAGAGAAGAAUGCAAAUGGAAAUAAUAGAAGAAGAUGGACCAAGCAGCGAGGUUCAAUCAGACGAAUCAAGUGGCUGUGAAGACUUCAAAGAGACAAAACCUAUCAACCAAAAUGUUCAAAAACAAAAGCCUAGCAACAUCAUGGUCACCAGACCACAACCUCUAGAAAUACUAAACCAUGUGAAAAUGACCAACACUCUUGAAACUCCUCGUUCGACAAUCAAAGGUUUUCUUAAUGUUUCUAAUCAGACAGAGUUGAAGUUCAACAAGGAAAAUCUGAAGAAAAUAGAAGAAAGACUCAAGCUGGCUUUCAUUCAAUUUCACCACAAGCUUCGUUUUCUCAAAAGCUAUAGCUUCUUAAAUCUUUUGGCAUUUUCAAAGAUCAUGAAGAAAUACGAUAAGAUUGCUUCAAGAAAUGCAUCAAAACCUUACUUGAAAAUGGUGGAUGACACACAUCUAGGUAGCUCCGAUGAGGUUACAAAGCUUAUAGAGAGGGUUGAAGCAACAUUCAUCAAACAUUUUUCCAACUCGAACCGGAGAAAAGGGAUGAACAUCUUGAGGCCAAAAGCAAAGAAAGAAAGGCAUAGGGUAACAUUCUCUUUAGGGUUCUUUGCUGGUUGCUCACUAGCUCUUUUACUGGCCCUUAUUUUGGUUGCGCGAGCCCGCGAUAUUCUUGGAAGCGAAGGCAGAUUGCACUACAUGGAUACUAUGUUUCCCCUUUACAGCUUGUUCGGAUUCAUUGUUCUGCACAUGAUUAUGUAUGCUGCAAAUGUAUACUUCUGGAGGCGGUACCGAGUCAAUUUUCCAUUUAUUUUUGGCUUCAAGGAAGGGACAGAGUUAGGCUACCGAGAAGUUCUACUCGUAAGCUUUGGUUUAGCCAUUCUAACACUAGCCUGUGUGCUUUCAAACCUUGAUAUGGAAAUGGACCCGAAAACAAUGGACUACAAAGUAAUAACAGAACUUCUCCCCCUUGGAUUAGUAGGGCUACUACUUGCCAUAAUGUUGUGCCCUCUCAAUAUCAUUUAUCGAUCGAGUCGUUUCUUCUUCCUUACAUGUUUGUUUCACUGUAUCUGUGCUCCUCUCUACAAGGUCACACUCCCAGAUUUCUUCUUGGCAGACCAACUGACUAGCCAGGUUCCAGCACUGAGAAGUCUGCAGUUCUACAUUUGUUAUUAUGGUUGGGGAGACUACAAACGCAGAGAAAACAAUUGCAAUUCAAGUGAUGUUUACAACGUUUUCUUCUUCAUUGUAGCUGUAAUCCCGUAUUGGAUGCGUCUAUUACAGGUAAAUCUACUACAUGAUACAAUUCAACUAUUUGGGUGCCUCCGACGCUUGUAUGAAGAGAGAGAUCCAAUGCAGGGUUACAAUGGGCUGAAAUAUUUCUCAACAAUUGUAGCAGUGUGUACAAGGACAGCUUACAGUGUCAACAAAGGGAUCAGUUGGAGGGUGAUAGCCUGGAUUGCCUCAGUCAUUGCAACCAUCUUUGCCACAUACUGGGACAUUUUGAUAGACUGGGGGCUUUUCAACAGGAAUUCUAAGAACCGUUGGUUGAGAGACAAGCUUCUUAUCCCACAUAAAACUGUAUAUUUUGUAGCCAUGGUCCUGAAUGUCUUGCUGAGGUUAGCCUGGUUGCAAUCGUUGCUAGGAUUUGGGGUUUCUUUCUUACAUGGAAAUACUUUAAUUGCCAUUGUAGCUACCCUGGAAAUCAUUCGUCGGGGUAUAUGGAAUUUCUUCAGGUUGGAGAAUGAACAUCUGAACAAUGUUGGUAAAUAUCGUGCAUUCAAGUCUGUGCCUCUGCCUUUCAAUUACGACGAAGAUGAGGAGAAAGAUGAAUAG